AAACUGUUUAUGUAAUUGACAUUACAAAAUGGUGGCUCUUAGUGUACUGGUGGUCUCCGCUAUAAUCGCUGCUGUGUCAGCGAUCCCAGCGGCAGUGGACCCGGUGAUCACGAAGCUGAACCCUGAAGGUCUUCGCUAUGGUUACAUCAGGGACGAUGAAGGAAAUCCUCACCUGGUCGACUCCUGGAUCAAAGCCAGCGACCUCAGGGACAUGGCUAGAUACAACCCUGAUGUAGACAACGAGUAUCAUCUGUACACCAGGUCCAACCCACUGGUGAGCCAGCCUAUCGUCCAAGGUAACAACGCCCUCCUCGCCGCCAGCCACUUCAACCCCAACAAGAGAACUAUCAUCCUGAUCCACGGGUUCCUCGGAAACAUCCUCAGUGGAUUCAACACAGUACUCGUUCCCGCUUUCAUUUUGGCUGGUGAUGUCAACGUCAUUGUGGUCGACUGGGGCAAGGGUGCUCACUUAGGAUUCAACGGAAUCAGCUCAGGUCGCAGUGUGGGUCGUUUCAUCGACUGGUUGAACCAGGCGUCUGGCGCCAAUGUGGAGAACUACCACAUCUUGGGAUACAGUGUCGGUGCUCACCAGGCCGGUAUCGUCGGAAGGAGUCUGCUCGGCCGUCCCAGCUAUCUUACUGCCAUGGACCCAGCAGACCGUUGGCUCUCCAGCCAGGCCGUCCGCGCUGAUGAUGCAGUCUACACCGAAGUAAUCCAUACCAAUAUCGGUAACAUUGGUCAGGAGGAACCCGCUGGGGAUGUGGACUUCUAUCCUAAUGGAGGAAUUGACAUGCCUGGAUGUGCUACAGCUGUUUGUGAUCAUUACAGGUCCUACUUCUACAUGGGCGAGUCUCUAGCUACUGGUGGUUUCACUGGCACCCAGUGCGCAUCAGUCGAGGAAGCUAAGGCUGGCAACUGUUCUGGACCUGCCACUCUUCCGAUGGGAGGACUUCAACCUAAGACUGGAUCCAAGGGUAUCUACUACGUUCGUACCAACGGCUCCCCUCCCUUCUCCCAGGGUUAAGUUAGAAGCCAAGCACCAUGACAGACAGACAGACAGAAAAUAAUUAAUUAUAUUAUUUAUAAUUAAAAUCUCCUUUAAAUGAUUA